AACAAGUCAAGUCAUGGCCAGUGGUAGUGGCAACACAAAUCCGACAAAAUUCAUUUGAAACUUUGAAGAAGAAAGCAGUAGCUAACUCUAAACGUGAUAGUGACACAUGCAACUAAGGAAUAUACACAUGCGUAUGUAUGUGUGUGUGCCGUGGUAGAAAGGACAAUAAAAGUUUUUGCUGGAUAUUAUGGUUUGCUAGCUUUGGCGAAUAAAGAAAAUGAAUGUGAACAAAUUAUGCGUAUUAAUUGCCAAUGUCAUGUGUGUGGCUGCGUGAGUUAUCAACUAUAAUCUACUACAAUAUUUAUCAUACAUGGGUUCUCUCCUCCCGCCAAGCUCUCACUCUAUCUCAUUCUUGGAUUAUAAAAACCCUAGUAAUUUCUGUUGCAAUUCCAUGACAACAUUUGAUAUGAGCAAUAAAAAUUUCGUAUUCAUAAAGUAGAAAUUCCGCACAUCGCCUGAACUAUUUGCUAAAGGAUCUGUAUACAGCGAAGUGACACCCACCCACUCGAUAAUAAAUACAUCAUGACAGCGAUGCCAUCACUAGACAUUGUUUGUCUAGUACUCGGCCUAAUAUUGUUUUGGAAUUGCUAACUUCAAACUUCAUAAAUAUUAAUGACACCAGCCGCCAACUUCUACAUCCUUCGUCCAUGGCUGGCACAUCAACGCCAUCCUUCCAGCGUGGCCAUUAUAACUGGCCCUUAUGCAAUGACACCGCACAUAAUGCAUAAUGACAAAUGUUAGAGUCACGGUGUAGUUGGAUAUCGAAUAUGAGAAUCUGGCUCCAGAAUGAUUUAGCAAACGAUUCAAUGGAUUGUAUCUGGUUAUCAGGUAAUUUCUUGAAAAUCAAUUGGAAUUUGGAAAAAUAAAUUGUAAUUUGUUUGCCAAAAAGAAUAUGUGUCCUGAAGUUAAGGAAAGUGUACAUCAUCUGACGGGAAAGCAAUGUCGGGAGCUAUUAUACAUGAGAAUGAAAAAGCCAAAACGCAUUGUGCCGGCGUUUACCUAUCAAGCUCUGCAAAGCAAUACGGUUGUGGAACCUCCAAAAAAAAUAGAUCUGUUCAAAAAGCGACCUGUGAAGGAAACAUUUUUUAGAGUCUAUUUGAGACGUGGUGAUAUACCGGUGGCCCGGUCUGGCAAAGUAUUGCGCAAGAAAAAUGCCACUGAAUUUCCCUUGAAAUGGUUUUGUGCUCCGCAAGAUUUGGAUUAUUGUUAUUAUUUGCCAAUAUUUGUGGAUGGAUACUUCUUUGAUAGAUUAUCCGAUAGUGACAUUGAAAUACGCCAACUUGCUCAAUACGGCGCAAUGGAUAUGAUUGUGAAAGCUCCGCAUAAGGUUUUACCGGUAUUACCGAAAAUGAUUUUACCCUUAAAAAGAGCCUUCAACACCAGGGACAAGAAAAUUAUUAUAGCCGCUCUGAAAGUCCUACAGAUGAUGGUAUUGGUGGCCCCUUGCGUUGGCCAGGCCUUGGUGCCCUACUAUCGUCAACUUUUGGCCGUUUGUAAUUUAUAUAAAAAUUUAAAUGUGAACUUAGGAAACUUUAUUGAUCCGGAUCGUGAGCGACGCAUUGCGGAUGUUAUUGAGGAUACACUAAAUGCCUUGGAGAAAUGUGGUGGCCCGAAUGCCUUCAUAAACAUCAAGUACAUGAUACCAACCUAUGAGAGCUGUGUUUAUCCACUUUGUGAUUUAGGAGUAGAAAAUUCUCCAGCAGAAUCUAGCCACCAAAAGAAAUAUUGAUUUGUUAAAUAUUUAUUUAAUUUUUUCUUAAACAAAUGCAUAUUUAAUGAUAUAUAAAAUUGCAUUUUUCGUACUGCUUUUGACGUUUAACUAUCUUUUUUGUUGUUGUCAUUUAGUGCACUUUGGAAGACAACAGAAAUGCUCUCAUAUCUGAAAGAGUAGGAAACAGAAACAAAAUAAAGUAUUGUCAACAAA